AUUUCCGGUACAUACACUCAAUUCAAGAUGGCGGACCUCUUAGGCUCUAUCCUAAGCUCCAUGGAAAAACCUCCAACUGUCGGCGACAAGGAAAGCCGACGAAAAGCAAGAGAACAAGCAGCCAGACUGAAAAAGAUGCAAGAGGAUGAGAAGAAAAAGAAAGCUGAAUUUAGAAAAAAGAUGGAGAAGGAGGUCUCUGAUUUUAUUCAGGACAGUGUCAUACAAAAAAAGAAAUAUGAGCCCAUGGGAAAGAUCGAGAGGAGUAUCCUCCAUGAUGUUGCAGAAGUGGCGGGUUUGACUUCGUUUUCUUUUGGUGAGGAUGAAGAGAGCAGAUACGUCAUGUUGUUUAAGAAGGAGUUUGCUCCAUCAGAUGAAGAAUUGGAUGCUUACAGAAAGGGAGAGGAAUGGAAUCCCCAGAAAGCUGAGGAGAAACGUCGGUUAAAGGAACUUGCUGCAUUGGAGGAGGAGUCCGCCAGCCGCACAGAGAAAAGGCCUGUGUCUCCCAGCUCAAAUUACAGGGACAAGUACAGUCAUUUGAUUGGUACUUCCGCUGCCAAAGAUGCUGCGCACACACUUGAGGCCAAUCGGGCAUAUGGGUGUGUGCCCGUGGCUAAUAAGAGAGACACUCGCUCUAUUGAAGAAGCCAUGAAUGCAAUCAGGGCCAAAAAACGACAGAAGAAAGACGAUGACACUGAGGCAGGCAGUAGCAAUGCCAGUUUUCAUCCAGUGAUGGAGCUGAGGCCCUGAGGAGUACUGUGCCACGUCAGUGUCUCUUACAGUUUUAACCUGGUCUGCACACCUCUUUUAAUCGUAAAUUCCCUGUAAAGUAUUUGUGUAUAAAAUGCCACAGGCUCGCAGGAUUAAUGAAAGUUGUGAAACUGUGUACUGUACAGUCAUUCUAUAGCUCAUCUGUCAGCAGUAAUUGGGGGGGGGGGGGGGGGGGUUUGAGGUGUGUAUUUUGUUAUUUGUUUUUAACUAUCGAUUCAAACUGUUCUUGUCAGAAUGUAUUGUAUCCACUUAGGUUUUUUUCUUGAAAUAAAUAUGGCUGUCAUAGACCAUUACACUUUU